AUGUCCGUCUGGCAAAGAAGCAAAGCCCAUGGAAGAUUUGAUGGUUCCCGCAACCCGGUCCACUGCGGAAUAGGCCUUGACUCAUCUAAACAUAAUCCUAGCUUGUUCCUGGUGGACUCCUUGGCGUAUCUGGAGCCUAUGGCAAAGGAGCAGACUGGAGGUGAUGAUCGGAAGGUGAUCAGAGCUAGCAGGAGUCCAAAGGAGUUUGGCGGAGCGGAGCCUUGA